UGGACGACGAGAAAUUGAGGUGAAGGCGGAAUCAAGUAUGGCUGAAUCAGAAGGCAGAAAAAGGAGAAGAGGCCCGAAGAUGAACCAGUAAGGCUGAAUCAAGAUUCGAUAAAUUUACAAGUUGAAUAAGUAUGGAUGAAUCCGCCGGCAAUAAACGGAAAAAACGCAGAAAUGAACCAGUGAGGCUGGAUCGAAGUGAAGGGGAAAGUAGAGAAGAUGAACCAGCGAGGCUGGAUCAAAAUGAAGGGGAAAGUAGAGAAGAUGAACCAGCGACGCUGGAUCAAAAUGAACGGGAAAGUAUAGAAGAUGAACCAGCGAGGCUGAAUCAAGAUAUGGUAGGGGCUGAAUCAACAUACGAUGUGUUCUUGAGUUUCAGAGGAUAUGAUAGUCUUGGAUUUGCGGAUAGCCUCUAUCACCGCUUGAAAGCUGAUGGAAUUAACGUUUUCAGAGAUGAUGGAUCCCUAAGUACUUCUGAAGAGCUUCCGCUGUCGGUCCACAGCUCCAACAUCUACAUACCGAUCUUUUCCCUAAACUAUGCUCGUAGCCCUCGGUGCCUUGAAGCGCUUGCACUCAUGGUAGAACACAUAUCUAGAUCAGCUGGGAAGAAAGAGAUCCUGCCCGUUUUCUACCACGAGGAAUGUUUGGAUGAGAAACUGAAAACAAUAUCACUCUACAGAGACGUCCUGAACGUGCACAGGCGGAGGUGGGGCGCAGAGAAAGUGGAGCGGUGGAAGAAGGCUCUUGUGGAGGCUGGUAAUGUCAAGGGAUGGGAACGAAGCUCUUAUGAAAGUCCAUGGGAACUUAUCACAUCAAUGAUUGAAGGAAUUUCGCUAAGGCUGAAGAUAAAGCAUAAUUACAAUACCUCGGAGCUUGAAGACAGUCAAGAAUCGAAUAUAAUGGAAUUAUUGGACCUGGAAGUAAAUGACGUACGAAUUGUUGGAAUCCAUGGGAGAGAUGGCAUUGGAAAGACCACUAUCGCCAAGAUCGUAUACGAUGAAAUAUCUCUUCACUUUGAUGCUUGCAGUUUUCUUGCGGAGAUUGAAGAAACAACACAGCAACCUGGUGGUAUCCAGUAUCUUCAAACCAAAUUGAUCUUUGACAUUGUGAAAAGAGAGUAUGAGGUUGCUUCUGCUUUCAAAGGAGUACGAGUUUUGAAAGAAAUAUUUAGGAAUAUGAAAGUUCUCAUUAUUCUUGAUGAUGUGGAAAGGGGGUCCCUUGUUAAGGAGUUUGUAGGAGCUAAGCUUGACUGGUUUGGUUCUGGAAGCAGAAUAAUUGUCACCUCAAAAGAAAGAAGCGUUCUUCAAGGGUUUGUUGAUCUAGGGUUGGCCCGUACUUACGAUGUUAAUCCAAUGCAUGAUGAUCUAGCUUUCAAAUUUUUCUGUCGCUGUGCAAUCAGAACGAGUGAUGAACUACAUUCUUAUGUUGAUAUUGCAAACAAAAUAGUCAAGGCUGCGAAAGGACUUCCCCUAUUUCUCAAAGUUUUUGGUUCUUUUUUGCAUGAUAAAGGACAAGAAGAAUGGAUUAAAUUUGAAGAUCUCAUAGGACAAUGUCAAGAAGAUUACCAAAAGAUUCUGAGCAUAAUUUAUGAAGCAUUAGAUCAAAAGCAAAAGCAGAUGUAUCUUAAUAUUGCAUGUUUUCCCCCGGAUGUGGAUAGUAGGAUUGCCUCAUAUAUGUGGCAUUAUUAUGAUCCUCCUCACGAUGUAAUCGAGGUCCUUUGUCAUAUGUCUAUAAUACAAAAGGAAGAAAAUAAAAUAGGUAUGCACAGCAUGCUAAGGUGCCUUGCCAGGGAGAUUAUGCGCAAAGGUUUCCAUGAUCCAGGAACAGGCGUUGGAUUGGACAUUGCUACCAUAGCCCAGGACCCGAACAUGGGGAAAAAGGGAACGGACCACCCUGACACUGAAGAGGCAGGCUAUGAGAUCCUACCAAACACGACAUUUCUCAGCUUGGGUCGCGCCAAUAUAGGUGGAAAAUUUGCAGAUGCCUUAUUGAACGUUCGAUGGCUUCAUUGGCAAGGGUGCCCUCGAGAUGCAAUCAGUAUUCUUUUAGAGAAAAAUGAACACCUAGUUAUUCUCGAUCUCUCGUGGAGUAAGGUUACAGAAUCCUGGGGAGGUUGGAAAAGAAUUAAGAUGGAGCGUUUGAAAGUCUUGAAUCUUACAGGUUGUGGGAACUUAUUAGUUACCCCCAGCUUCUCCUGUUGCCCAAACUUGGAGAUACUGAUCUUUGAGCGAUGUUCUCGACUGGUUCAUUUAGAUCCUUCAAUUAACAAUCUGAAGCGCUUGGUAACCCUGAAUUUGAAGUUCUGCUCUAACCUUAGCAUGUUGGCAGCGGAAAUGGAUGGGAUGAAUGCUUUGAGAGAGCUCUUGAUUGACGGCACUUCCGUACAAGAACUUCCUGCAUCGAUAGGCAAAUUGGCUCUACUGCAAAUUCUUAGUGCCACUAACUGCUUCUCAUUGGUUGGUGUUCCUGGUUCAGUUUGUGAACUUGAAGCUCUUUUAGUGCUAGCCUUGGAUGCCACGAAAAUUCUUGAACUCCCCGACUCAAUUGGAGACUUGUGCGAGCUUACACGCUUGUCUUUGCGGGAUUGUCGUGGGCUAGUAACGCUUCCAGAAUCCAUUGGCAAAUUGAAAGACUCAUUAGUAGAGUUGGACAUUUCGGGUACAGGUAUUUCAAAAUUGCCCAAUUCAACUAAAAACUUACGGAAUCUGAGAGUGCUGAAAAUGGAUUCUUGUUUCUUAAGGGAAUUCCCUCGUUGCAUUGGACAGUUGACAAACCUGGAAGAAGUGCAUGCCUCCUGGUGUAGGUGUUUGGAGGGAGUCAUUCCCAGUGAUAUUGGGAAACUACUUCGUCUCAGAGAAUUGAGGCUUCGGGGUACCCGGAUAUCGAGUCUUCCAUCAAAAGUACAGUUAUUGUCAAGGCUUCAGACUCUGGAUUUGCUUCACUGCGAGAACAUUAGAGAGUUGCCUAAUCUUCCCCAAAACCUAAUUAAUCUCUAUGUCAAUCCCGGCUUGAUGCGAAAUAUGUAAGAAUUUUCUGUGCUGUCCUUCGCAUUUAUCGUGAUAAUUUAUGUAGUGUAAGAUUAGAAUAGAUGGUUCAGUGUUGUCAUUAAUGGUGAUAUAUAGGGUUAAUUACAUUACAACCAACAUUUUUAGAGU